AUGGCGAGUGCUUCCGUUUCACAACGCCGCAGUGGCGAGACACUGGGUGACAACACGAAAGGGAGGGAUGUUCGAAUUAGCAAUAUUGUGGCCGCCAAAGCCAUUGCGACUGCCAUUCGUACAUCGUUGGGUCCUCGUGGCAUGGACAAGCUGUUGACCAAGGGCAGCGGAGAAGUGAUUAUCAGCAAUGACGGAGCUACUAUUUUGAAGAAUAUGCAAGUGUUGCAUCCCGCGGCACAAAUGUUGGUGGAUUUGUCGCAGAGUCAAGAUAUCGAAGCCGGCGAUGGGACUACUACUGUGGUCGUCUUGGCGGGUGCUCUUUUGGAGGCGUGUGCGACCUUGUUGGCCAAGGGCAUUCAUCCCACCGUCAUUGCGCAGUCCUUUUUGCUGGCGAGCGAAAAGACGUGUGAAAUCUUGAAGGAAAUGAGUCGACCAGUCCUACUCACAGACCGUCAAGCUCUACUCAAUGCCGUUGAAACCUGUUUGAGCAGCAAGGUGGUGGCGCAAAAUUCCGAUUUGUUGGCACCCAUUGCCGUCGAUUCCGUCUUGGGACUCUUGGGAGUCACGCCCUCGACGUCUCCCGAGGAUAUCCCUUCCAAUGUAGAUCUCCGCGAUAUUCGAAUUGUACAACAGGUCGGAGGAACCGUAGAUGAUACCGAACUGGUCACUGGACUCGUCUUGAAUGCACCCAAAAUCAAUGCGCCAGGAGCUCCCACUGUCAUUCAAAAUGCCAAAAUUGCACUCAUCCAAUUCUGUCUCUCCGCACCCAAAACCGACAUGGACAACACGGUCGUUGUGGAAGACUAUUCCGCCAUGGAUAGACUCUUGAGAGAAGAACGAAAAUACAUUUUGGGACAGUGCAAGGCACUCAAAAAAAGUGGAGCCAACGUUGUACUCAUUCAAAAAUCCAUUCUCAGAGAUGCCUACAAUGAAUUGUCUUUACAUUUCUUGGCCAAAAUGGGAAUCAUGGUACUCACCGAUAUCGAUCGCGGGGAUGUUCCCUUUAUUUGCAAGACACUUGGAUGCAGUCCCAUUGCACACAUUGAUCAACUCGCCAGCAAAACAUCCUCCAAAUACUUUGGAACGGCCGAAAAGGUCACUCAUGUAUACUUGGAAGGCGCCAGUCAUCGCGUUGUCAAAUUCACGGGAGUACCACCGGCUACGGCACCCACACAAACCAUUUUGUUGCGGGGAUCCAAUUCACUCGUCUUGGGAGAAGCCGAACGAUCUCUUCACGAUGCUCAAUGCGUUGUGCGGAGUUUGGUCAAACAGCGAGCCCUCAUUGCGGGAGGAGGAGCACCGGAAGCACAGGCCAGUUAUGCCUUGGAACAACACGCGAAAACUCUCCAGGGCAUGGCCGUCCCCUGUUUCAAGGCGUUUGCUGAUGCCCUCGAAGUCAUUCCGUAUACAUUGGCGGAAAAUGCCGGAUUGAAACCCAUUGAAGUGGUGACGCAACUUCGCAAACUGCAUGCCGAAGGAAACGUGGGAGCUGGUGUCGAUGUCGUCAAGAACAAGAAAAUCAAGACGGGAACGACAAAGGUAGAAGGGGUCUCGGACAUGUACGAACGCAAUGUUGUACAACCGCUUUCAGUGUCCACCAGUGCCGUCACGUUGGCCACGGAAACUGUUUGUAUGAUCUUGAAGGUGGAUGAUAUGAUUGUGGUGCAGUAA